UAUCCCAUUAUUUAAACACAAAACUUGUCAAUAGCACAGUGGAAACAGGGUGGUCUCAUUGAUGGGAAUUGUUGCAGCUUGACAGCUGACAAAACUUGUGGCCUCAUUGAAACUCUCUUAUCUCUCUCUCUCUCUCUUGAUGUGCACCAAUUUUUAGGCAUCAUAAACACAGCCUGCAAAAACCCAACUUUUCAAUGCAUGCAAUUUGCAGCAAAAUUCAAUCUUUGUACACUUCAAGAACCAUAUAUUACAUGCACACCCUCACAUGGCAGCUCAAAACCACGCGUCUCUUCUCAACCCAAGACCAACAUUCAACAACCACCGUCAUAUUGAUCACUUCUCUCAUAAAGAUACAAGCUUUCGACUUGCCCAUCAAUGAAACAGUUGGUUUCAAGUUCAUAUAGCAUUUCGUAUAUAUCUUGAGCUGCUCUGUUUUUCUUUGUUGAAGAGAGAAAUGGCUGCCGCGGCAACAAAUAUUGUUGUGCCAUUUUUACUUGUUCUGUUCGUGCAUCUUUCAUUUGGUCUUGUGUUGUCUAAGGCAAAGCUUGGUGGCAACACAACUUUAAGUGUGCUUUUGGAGGUGAAGAGGUCAUUUGUGGAAGACCCAGAAAAAGUGUUACAUGCUUGGUCUGAAAGUAACCCAAAUUUCUGUACUUGGAGAGGAGUGUCUUGUGGGCUUGACUCGGUUGAUGGCUCAGUUCAAGUGGUGGGGCUCAACCUUUCCGACUCGUCACUCACCGGGUCAAUAUCACCCUCACUCGGUAGUUUGCAAAACCUGCUCCACCUUGAUCUCUCUUCUAACGGCCUCACGGGUCCCAUCCCACCAGCCCUCUCUAACCUGUCUUCCUUGGAAUCUUUGCUUCUCUUUUCAAACCAACUUAGUGGGCCCAUCCCGACUCAGCUUGGCUCGCUGUCGAGUCUCCGGGUCAUGAGAAUCGGUGACAAUGAACUCACUGGGCAUAUUCCCGCCUCAUUUGGCAAUCUUGUCAAUUUGGUCACUCUUGGUUUGGCCUCAUGCAGUCUCAACGGUCCAAUACCACCCCAAAUCGGCCGACUCGGCCAACUCGAGAAUUUAAUCAUGCAACUCAAUCAACUCGAGGGACCAAUUCCAGCCGAGUUGGGGAACUGCUCCAGCCUCACUGUCUUCACAGCUGCUCAAAACCAUCUCAAUGGAUCGGUCCCUGAGGAAUUGGGUCUUCUCCAGAAUCUCCAACUACUGAAUUUGGGCAACAAUAGUCUCUCUGGGGAGAUUCCGGGUCAACUCGGCAGACUGAGUCAACUCGGGUACCUGAAUUUGGUGGGAAACCAGCUCGAAGGUCCUAUACCCAAGUCCUUAGCUCAACUGGGUAAUCUUCAAAGUCUUGAUUUGUCCAUGAAUAAGCUCACAGGAGGAAUUCCAGAGGAAAUGGGCAACAUGGCUCAACUGGUUUACUUGGUUUUAUCAAACAACAAUCUCUCUGGUGUCAUACCAAGAACUCUAUGUUCCAACACAACCAGUUUGGAGCACUUGAUGAUAUCAGAUGCUGCAAUUUUUGGUGAAAUCCCAGUCGAACUGAGCCAGUGCCAAUCAAUGAAGCAACUUGAUUUGUCCAAUAACUUGCUCAAUGGAUCAAUACCAGUUGAGCUUCAUGAGUUGGUGGGGUUAACUGAUCUCUUGCUCCACAACAACAGCUUUGUUGGUUCAAUUUCUCCUUACUUGGGCAACCUCAGCAACCUGCAGACACUUGUCUUGUAUCACAACAACUUGCAGGGUCCUCUGCCAAGAGAGAUUGGAAUGCUUGGGAAGCUUGAGAUUUUGUAUCUCUAUGAUAAUCAGCUCUCUGGAGAAAUCCCAAUUGAGAUUGGGAAUUGUUCAAGCUUGCAAAUGAUUGAUUUCUUUGGAAACCGUCUCAGUGGGGAGAUUCCAAUCACCAUUGGAAGGCUCAAGGAUUUGAACUUACUUCAUAUCAGACAGAAUGAACUGGUGGGUGAGCUUCCCGCCACAUUGGGCAACUGUCAUCAACUUACUAUUCUGGACUUGGCAGACAACCGUUUAUCUGGUGGCAUUCCUAUAACAUUUGGAUCUCUCCAAGCAAUGGAACAGUUCAUGCUCUACAACAAUUCCCUUGAAGGUAAUCUUCCUGAUACAUUAGCUAACAUGGGAAAUUUGACCAGAGUGAAUCUGUCGAGAAACAAGUUGAAUGGAAGCAUUGCUGCAUUGUGUAGCUCAAGUUCAUUUCUUUCUUUUGAUGUGACUGACAAUGCAUUUGAUCAUGAGAUUCCUUCCCAGCUGGGAAACUCACCCUCUCUUGAGAGGUUGAGAUUAGGGAACAAUCAAUUUACUGGUCCAAUCCCACAGACACUGGGAAACAUCAGUGAACUAUCACUGUUAGAUGUCUCGGGAAAUUCACUCACUGGACCAAUACCAGCUGAGCUUUCAUCCUGCAAGAAACUGGCCCAUAUUGAUUUGAAUAACAACUUUCUUUCGGGUGCCAUUCCGCGGUGGCUUGGAGGUUUGCCUCAGUUGGGAGAGUUGAAGCUCUCCUCAAAUCAAUUCACCGGGCCUCCUCCCCAAGAAUUGUUCAAUUGUUCUAAACUGCUAGUGCUUUCUCUGAAUGACAAUUCUCUCAAUGGAACUCUCCCUGCUGAAAUUGGUAACCUUGAAUCCCUUAAUGUCCUAAACCUCAACCAUAACCUAUUUUUGGGAUCAAUCCCUCCAGCCAUUGGUAAGCUAGGAAAGCUGUAUGAGCUUCGGCUCUCACAGAACGGAUUUGAUGGUGACAUACCCUUUGAGCUUGGACAACUCCAAAAUCUUCAGAGCAUUUUAGACCUCAGUUACAACAAUCUGAGUGGUCAGAUCCCAGCCUCUAUUGGGACACUGACAAAACUUGAAGCACUUGAUCUAUCGCACAAUCAACUUGUCGGAGAAGUCCCUUCCCCAGUUGCUGGGAUGAUUAGUUUGGGAAAGCUUAAUCUGUCUUACAACAAUCUGCAAGGAAAAUUGAGCAAGCAACUCUCACACUGGCCAGCUGAGGCCUUUGCAGGAAACUUGCAUCUAUGUGGAAGCCCUCUUGGUAAAUGCGGUGUCAGAAGGCAACAGUCAGGCCCGAGCGAAUCGGCAGUGGUAGUCAUUGCUGCAAUAUGUACUUUAUCUGCAAUUGCUCUACUGAUAUUUGGAGCUGCUUCUCUCUUGCAACACAAGCAAGAAGUUUUUAGAAAAGCCAGUGAAGUGAACUGCUUGUACUCAUCCAGCUCUUCCCAUGCUCAGCGAAGACUGCUCUUCCCAAACGGUUCUGUCAAGCCAGAUUUCAAAUGGAAAGAUAUUAUGGAAGCCACAAAAAAUCUCAGCAAUGAGUUCGUAAUUGGCUCAGGAGGGUCAGGGAUAAUCUACAAAGCUGAGUUGUCCUCUGGAGAAACUGUGGCAGUCAAGAAGAUUUUGUAUAAAGAUGACCUUAUGGCAAAUAAAAGCUUCACAAGAGAGAUCAAGACACUUGGGAGGAUAAGACACAGGCAUCUGGUGAAGUUAAUGGGGUAUUGCAGCAACAAAGGAGCAGGCUCCAAUCUGUUGAUAUAUGAGUACAUGGAGAACGGAAGCGUGUGGGACUGGAUACACCAGCAACCAGCCACCAGCAAGAAGAAGAGCCUUGAUUGGGAGGCCAGGCUAAAGAUUGCAGUUGGAUUAGCUCAAGGAGUGGAGUAUCUCCACCAUGACUGUGUGCCAAAGAUCAUUCAUAGGGACAUCAAGUCAAGCAAUGUCUUGCUAGAUUCCAACAUGGAGGCACAUCUUGGGGAUUUUGGCCUUGCCAAGGCGAUUAAUGAGAAUUACGAGUCUAACACAGAAUCAAAUACGUGGUUUGCUGGCUCCUUCGGUUACAUAGCACCAGAGUAUGCUUAUUCACUCAAGGCAACAGAAAAGAGUGAUGUCUACAGCUUGGGGAUUGUGCUAAUGGAGCUUGUAAGCGGGAAAAUGCCAACGGAUGCAUCUUUUGGCAUGGAGAUGGACAUGGUGAGAUGGGUCGAGACACAUAUUGAAAUGCAGGAUUCUAAGCGUGAUGAGUUGAUAGACUCUGCACUGAAACCACUCAUAUCUGGAGAAGAAUGUGCAGCGUUCCAAGUGCUUGAAAUAGCACUGCAGUGCACAAAAACCAGCCCAGCAGAGAGGCCUUCGUCCCGGCAAGCAUGUGAUCAACUAUUACAUGUUUUUAAUCAUAGGAUGGCGGAGUUUGAGAAGACGAAUAUAGAUUCUUAUACUACAUAACUAAUCAAAACAUGUUUCAGAAGUUUGAUGAACAUUUGAUAUCAGCAUAAAUAUACCAGGUUUCAUUUGGGCUAGCAACUAUUGUUCAGCAUUGAGAAUAGGGUUUUGCUUGAGGCAAAUGUCGAUGGCAUUGAAAUCUAUAUAAGAUUGUAUUGUUAGAGCUUUGUUAUUAUUAUCCGUGGAUCAAAGGUUGUUGUGUUUCAACCAUCAUGACUUUCCAUAUAUUGGAUUUUUUAGUAUUGCAGUGACAUUGGAAGCUUAGGCUGAAUGAAAA